CAUUUAUAAUCUCAUUUUAAUAACUUAAGUAUGUGUCGAGAAUAAGUAAGAUACCGAGCCUGUAUAUUUAAAUAGCAACCCAAUAGUAUUAUCCCUUUAUCACUAAAGAGGUUAUAUUCUAAUGAACCUCCUGCAAGUUCCGCUCUGUGUGUUGCUUGCAGCAUUGUCUGUGGUCAGUAGUACGACGUCUACCAGCCGGUAAGGAUGCGUGCGUCUGCGCAACAACUCGUCGCAAUUACGGUGGCGCUGCUUUACCAAGGGGCGAGUGGUCAACGGCAUCCGAUCAAGGAGGCUUUAUUUCUUCACAAUGAUAAUUACAACGCGACAUUUGAGGACUGCGUGUGGCGACGCGAGAAGGAACCGUGCCCCGACCCUGACGUGAUAUUCAACAUGUACACAGAAGCUGAACCGGUCAAGAAAACCGUGGACUUGUUUAGCGAAGAUUGGCUGCGACAGAGCGGCUGGGAGCCCUCGCACGAGACCAUCCUGCUGGUACACGGGUACGCGGGCGGGGACGACACACUGCCCAUCACUGUGCUCAGAGAUGCGUAUCUCCGUCGUGGCGGCUACAACGUCAUCAUGAUGGACUGGGGUGCGCUAUGUCAGCCGCCCUGUUAUGUGGCUGCAGUACAUAACCUGCGGCCGGUGGCGAAAUGUGCCGCUGAAGCGCUUGGCACGUUGAGGAGAGCAGGACUGCGCCCCGACCGCCUCACGUGUGUCGGGCACUCGCUGGGAGCUCACAUGUGUGGUAUCAUGGCCAACUACCUCACAUUCAGACUGAAUAGAAUCAUAGGGCUAGAUCCAGCGAGACCUCUGAUCAGGUCAGCGCCCGCUCUCCGCCUGGACCCGGGUGAUGCGCGUGCGGUGCACGUGUUGCACACCAACGCGGGGCGGUACGGUGAAGCGGCAAGACUUGGACACGCCGAUUUCUGCCUCAACGGUGGACGUAGUCAACCUUACUGCGAGGAUACACCGAAUGAAGCGUUAUGCAGCCACAUCUGGUCGAUCUGCUACCAGGCGGAGAGUUUGUUCCGUGAGCGGGCGGCGAUCCCGUGCGGGCGGCGGUGCUCCGUGCGCGUGCCCCCCUCGCGCGCCUCCGCCCUGCCCGUGCCGCUGGGACAACCCGCCCCCAUGACGGCAUCAGGCGCAUACUGCGUGGAAGAUUUCUCGACGCCGUUCUGUCCGUCGACGUCCGGUCUAUCGGAAGGCGACUCUCGUUGUUGCCUGGACGCGCAGUACGCGGCCGCCGCCACCACCACCGCCCCGGCCCGCCCCCGCCCCCUCGUGCGCCUGCGCGCCACCAGGAUUAAACCCGCGCCCACAAAUCAGUCAGACCAGGCGAUCUGACAGGAGAACGUCGGGCACGAGACGUAUUGACAUAUAUGGAUCAUUUACACGAAGCC